AUGGCUCCUCCUCCGCCCGCCUCGAACCUGUCGCUCCGCGACAAGUUCCUGGCUCUCGCCAAAACUCUACAGUUCGCCUGGUUCAGCGGGCAUCUCCUCCUCCUGCUCUGCAUCUUCCGAUACUUCAUCACCUUCAGCUUCACCACCGGCUGGGCAUGGAUCACCUAUCGUACCGCCUUCUUGUCCGCCGCUUUGACAUACGGAAUCGUCGUCUACAAGACAUGGCGGGCACGCCAGAAGGUCGGCGCUAAAUAUCCGGGUGGCGUCAUAGGUAUCCUCUCCGACGAGAAUGUCCAAUAUCUUGCCCUGGCGCUGGUCUGGCUCCUCUCCCCGCAGUACAGCCUUGCCAUGCUUCCGUUCGGCAUUUACUCCAUCUUCCACGUUGCCACGUACACCCGAAACAAUUUGAUCCCCGCUUUCCAGUCCAGCAAGGCCCCUGCCGGCGCUCCCCCCGGUACGAAGCCGGCGGGCGCCAGUCCCAUCGCCGAAGCUAUCGGAAGUUUCGUGAAGCAGUACUACGACACGUCCAUGUCCGUCGUCGCGACGUUGGAGAUUCUCAUUUGGGUCCGACUAUUCCUGUCUGCCAUCCUCUUUCAGCGACGGUCUUGGAUCCUCAUCACUGUCUAUACCGCUUUCCUCCGCACCCGAUUCGCCCAGAGCUCUCACGUCCAGGACUCCUUCCGAGUCUUGGAGUCCCGUAUCGACUCCCUUGUCGGUGCCCAAGGUACACCUCCGGCGGCGCGGACCCUCUGGGACAGUGCCAAGAGCGCCGUACGUCACUUCCACGAUGUUACCGACCUAGGAAAGUACACGAGCGGAUCUUCCGUGCCGAAGAAGACCUCGUAA